UAGGUAGUGCUAAGUCAGUGGUGCUUUCCGCUUUGAAUGAAGAGGUCGCGCUCUACUUCUUUCCAGUUUUCUGCUGUUAUUUCGGAAAAUUUUACUGUAUAUUAACCCGUAAUAUUCACCUGGAACUGCGCAAUAAUGCCGUUUAUGUGCUGUGUACCAAACUGCAAAGGGAAUUACCGAAAUGGACCGAAAGUGAGUGUGUUUUCAUUCCCAAAUAGUGAUGAAGAAAAAGCAAAGUGGCUGCAGGCAAUCAAGAGAGCCCAGUAUGUUCCUAACAAGAAUAGUAGGGUGUGUGAGCUACACUUCAGGUCUAACGAUAUUGAAUCCGAGACAUCCUUCUUCGAUGGGACAACUGGGAAGAAGCUCACAGCAAAGUUGAAAAUCCCAAGGCUGAAACAUGGUGCAAUCCCUUCCAUACUUCCAAACUGUCCAGCUUACUUGUCUUCAUCUACUACUUCAAGAGAGUCGCCUGGUGAAAGACAAAGGCGAAAAGAAGAGCAGGCACUACAGGCAACGGUGUUGCAAAGUAAAAUUGAAGAAGAACACCAGCGAAGCUCAAGGCAAUUUUUCAAUGUCAGUGAACUAAAAAAUAAGCUAGAUUUUUUGGACACAUCAUACUGGAGUGUUGUAAGUAAGGAUGAAUCACUGAUAAUAUGCAGAAUAAUCGAGUCCCCACACCCUUCCAUAAUCCGGUCAGUGACAAUUAAAGAGAACUGUAAUAUUAAUAUGUUUAUAAAUGAUGUUCAGUUGAAAAUGCUUGGAAAUCAUAAAGUCCCUGUAGUUGUUAACGAUACUUCGGAUCUUGACCUCUUGUUGAGUAAAUUACGAAUGACUGACGUAAGGGAGCAGAAAACAGCAAAACCUUGUAACAUUGUUACUAUAAUUCAUUUGGUAAUUUCACUACUAUCAGUAAUCAAAGAAGAGUCAUUUCAGCAUUUCAGUGCACUUCAGUUUGUUUGUGAGCAAUUAAAUUUAAUGACAAUGAACAGAUGUGAAUAUUCUGCAGAACUGUUGGUAUUUUCUUCAUUGUUUUACAACAGUUCUCCAAAGGGUUACAGAUUGUUAAGGGAAAAGAAUUUUCUGAUACUGCCAAGUUACUCCACAGUCAAAAGGAUUUUCUUGUCAAAAACUUUCGGGCCUGAUUCUGAACAAAAACCCUGUAAUUUCCUAGUAUAUAUUAAAAACAGAUUUAAAACACUUGAGGCAGUUGAUGCAAAGGUAACGCUAAUGGUGGAUGAAAUUCACAUAAAGCCAUAUUUUGAUUACAAAUGUGGAAAUAUUGUUGGGGCAGCAUUUGAUACUGUUGAAGCUGCAACAAGUGCAUAUGUCUUUAUGAUUAGCAGUGUCAUGUCAAAAUUUAGGGAUGUUGUACACAUCAUUCCAGCAAAAUGUAUGAAAGCUGAUGUUCUCCAUACCAUUUUGAAGAAAGUUAUUGUUGGUUUGGAGGAGAUAGGUUUCCAGGUUAUAUGUGUCAUAACUGACAACAAUGCCAUUAAUGGUAAGGCUUUAUCACUGUUUGCCAAGCCACCAAAAUUAUCAAUAGUAUAUCCACACCCAGUAGAUAGUAGUAGACCACUCUUUUUCAUGUUUGAUUCUGUUCACUUACUCAAAUGCAUCAGAAAUAACUGGCUAAAUCAAAAAGAUGUAGAGAAAACUAUGAGGUAUCCUGAAUUUUCAUCAGAUGGAGUUUAUUAUGAAAAUCACAAAACUCAGUUGGCUCCUUUUAAAACUUUGCAAAAACUGUACACCCAUGAAGCAGAAUAUUUACUGAAACAUUCAUAUAAGCUAUCAGUAAAAGCACUCUCUCCAUCAGUUUUGGAAAGGCAAAAUGUAAAAUUGGCCAUGCAGAUUUUUAAUGAAUAUGUUGUGGAAGCACUUUUGAGUAUUGGCAAGAAACAUUUCUUAACAUGCUAUUCUACUGUUGCAGACUACAUAAAGAUUAUUCACACAUGGUGGACAAUAAUGAAUGUGCAUGCACCCAACAAGGGUGAUAGAACAAAAAAUAUUUAUUCUGCUCCAUUAACCACUUCUACUGAUGAUGAAAAAAUUAAAUUCCUUAACAACUUUGGGAAUUGGUUAGAAGCAUGGGAAAAAAUGGAGUCUAUAGGUGGAAAACUCACACGUGAAACUUUCACAGCUCUAAAGCACACUACUCAUGCCAUUACAGAAAUAACUAAUUACUGUACAUCAGAGCUAAAUAUGAGAUAUAUACUUACUGCCAAAUUUCAAACUGAUAAAUUAGAAUCUAGAUUUGGUCAAUAUAGGCAACUUUCAGGUGGUAAUUACAACAUUUCUAUUAGACAGAUAUUUGAGUGUGAAAAAAAGAUUCGAAUAAUGUCAGUGUUGGAGAGGAAUUUGACAAUUAAUGACAAGAAAAUUGUACUAAGGGAUUUUCAAACUAAUUGGGAAGGACUGGAAAAUAUAUCGCAUUCAGAUGAGGUAGAUCGGUUCGACAUAACUUUAACAAAAGAAGAUUUUGAAAAAUGCAGCAAUAUCUUGCCAGUAAUAGUUUAUGUAGCAGGCUAUUGUUGCUAUGCAGUUUUCAAAAAAAUGAACUGUGAUUGUUGUAAGGGCAUGCUAACUUGCAACACUGAAAAUGAUGUGCAUGAAAAUUACAAGUAUAUUGAUGGUAUCAGCAGAGGCUUCCUGAUGUACCCAAAUCCUGUAGUCACAAAUAUUGUUAUGUACAGUUACAUUGUUAUUGACAAAAUGGUCCAGAAUGAGUCUUUUCACAAAAUUGCUAAUCAGAGAGUUGUGGGGAGUGUCUUGACGUACAACAAAUUAGCUGAUGAUGAAGCACUACUUCCAAUGGAUUCAUGUGAUGCUGGUCAUAAUUCAGAAAAAUUAGAGAAAAUGAUAAUAUGGUCAGCAACUAAUGUCCUUCUAAACAACUACUGCUCAAAACAAAACAAUAUCCUCUCUGAAAAUAAGCUUAUGAACCAAGGGAAAAAGAGAAAACUGCAAACACUGACAGAGUCAAGAAAUAAAAAAACAAAUAUGUCAAAUGCGUCAGGUAAAGAAAAUACACAGUAAGAUCAGGUGUGUUGGUAAUUGUGAAAAGAAUUGUAUGUUGGUUCAUUUAAAAUUGUUAGAAAUUUUUACUAUUUUUGUUAAUGGAUUUUCUUUUAUAAUAAAAUCGUGUUAGAAUGAUUCUGGUUAUUUACUAU